CCAACAGUUUCGAACAGCCUAAGUAAGUUUCUCUACGUGCACAACAUGAAACGAAUAAAUUUGCUAGCCAGUUCCACUUUCAUUGCAAUGAAAAUAACUGCUCCGAACCAGAUUGUUGUGUAAUGCAACAUCCGUCAGUAGUUUGAAAUGAUUCCGCAGUGUCAAUUCUCACCCGCCAGCCAACCAGCUUUGUAUUAUACGAACCGAUCAUCCAAACCGAAAAAUUUGGUCAUUGACGCUGUGUGUCAAGUAAUUUUUGCUAUUUCUCAUCUCACACCUUUCCAUGCUUCCCUACGAUUUCAUUUCUGCCUUGUGCUAGUUCACCAACUCCUUGACCCGUCUGAUUCAACGCCCCUCCAAGCCCCUCCGUCGUCUUGCCCACGGCGCCACCAACUCCGCCAAGCAAACCGCCCUGGCCGCCUGCUUUCUCGCCGCCUGUUAGGACAUUGUCGAGGCCGCCUGUCAGACCACCUAGAAGACCGCCGCCUUGCCCGCCUGAGGAGCUGCCUUGUUGCUGUUGCACCCUGGCGAUAUCGUCGGGGUGUUUGUUUUCGAGAGGCAUGGUGGUGGUUGUGUGCGUGUUUAAGUGGAUGUGUAGAGGUAGAUGGUUGCGAGGGCGGAAUUGUUUGUUAUGGUGUUUGUUAUGGUAGAUGUGAUGAGGUCUUGUUUGAAUAAAGAUCGUAGUCGUUGGCCCCGUCUGGUCGAACAGUUAACCAUUUUAUAAGCACUCGAGAGUGUCAGCUUGCAGGAUGUCGGUCCUGGUUUGGGGGCGGGCAAGGCAGUGGUUGUUGGCUGAGCCUCUGACGUCAGGCGGUCCAAAUGUCCG